AGGCGUAAAAGCACAGGAUUGGAGAAACCCGAGCGCACAUUUACAGGCUCAUCUGAGAGAGAAAGAUUGCUGAAAGCAGGCUGAGGAGAGGAGACCCCGUUAAGACGAUUAUUUGAAAGAACAGAUACAAAAAACUCCAGAAACUAACAUUUAAUCAAACUCGCGAGCAGCGACGUGAAAGAUGGAGCAACAAUUUGCCGACUUUUCAGGAUCUUGGAAAAUUAAAAGUUCAGAAAAUUUCGAGGAGCUUUUGAAAGCACUGGGCGUAAAUGUCUUUUUGAGGAAGAUUGCAGUUGCAGCAGCCUCCAAACCGGCUGUUGAGAUUACACAGCAGGGAGAAAGCCUCUCAAUUCAGACGUCCACUAGUGUGCGGACCACUCAUGUGUCCUUUACGGUGGGCCAGUCCUUCAAUGAGACUACGGUGGAUGGACGCCCAUGCACAAGUUUUCCGAAAUGGGAGACAGACAGUAAAAUAACUUGCGAGCAGACACUGCAGAAGGGGGAGGUACCUGAGACAUCAUGGACACGUGAGCUGACCAAUGAUGGCCAAAUGAUUCUGACCAUGAGAGCUGGGGAUGUCGUCUGCACCCGUGUGUAUGAACGAGACUGAAGGAUCUUUCCACCUCUGUUCUUUCCACAUCUCAACAAUAUACACAGAGCUCAUAACUGAUAGUUUAUCAUUGUAUAAAAUAGUCAUUUUUGAGAGUAGCUUUUGUAGUGUUUGACAUGUGCUGGUCUGUGUAUGACAGAGAAGGGGAGAGUUAAAGAUGUUUUGAGGGUUAAAUAGGUCUGUGUUUUUCUUACCUAUGUGUCCAUCAGAAAAACUGUAUUUAUUGUUAUUGUUUGUGCAUUUUACCCUUCAGUUUUAUGUACGUGCCACAAUGUGGCUUAUCAAUGAAAUAUGUUAAUAAACCUAUAAACUGUAUGUAAA